UUUGUGGUCUUCUUUAAUAAUCUUUGGUUGACAGGUUUGAGCCAAUUAAGAGCAGGUGAUUCUUGUCACACUGUUACUACAAAUGUCCUUUCAGCAGUUUCACCUUAUUGAGGUGGCUGGACAGCUUCGGAAAAGUAAUGAAGCACAGAAACGUUAACGGGAGACAGCAGAGGAUGUGGCUUAACUGUCUUUUGAUUGUUUUUCUUAACACUUAUCAUUUAGUGGACUCGUUGUUUUCGGAACCUGUUGAAAUUGAUCCAGAGGAUGAAUGGGACUCGGUGGAAAGUUUAAUACCGAGCAAAGAUUACUUCGACAGCGAUUUGUUUAUGCCAAAAAUAAAAGCGGCAUCAAAACCGGCUCCUCCACUAAAGCUGCCGUUUUCGGUACGAAUAAAAGCGGCUGAACUACACAAAGAACUCUUCGCCCCAGAAAGGGGCUUUAAACCUAUGCCUCAGCGGGUUAAGUCAAUACUUCUGCCCCAAGUACCUGCCCCAAAACCGGCGGGCUCUGUCUCCAGUGCGGCGAAGACGGUGGAGGUUUUGUGUCAUUUCGACCGGAUGUUAGUGAGAGUCCUUAAGAGUUUCUUUACCAGACCCGGAUCGUGGAGAUACCUGAAACUGGGAACGUGUGCUGUCAAUAAAGCCACGGCUACUCACUAUUAUUUUCUGUACUAUCUGAAAGGAUGUGACAUAAAGCGAGAGGAGGAUGCCAAUCGAGUGACUUACAAAAACACUCUCCGCUAUGAACCAGCUGUCUCUGGGUUGAUUGUGAGGGACCUGCCGUUCUCGAUGUCUAUUGGUUGUAGCUACACAAAGUUUCAUCGCUCUUAUCAGGUUGGCUUUAUACCCAAAGUAGCAGGUGGAACCUUGUACAGGGGCCUACAAACUGAUGCAGGGCACUCAAUCGUGGCAAUGGAUGAAUCUUGGAACUUGCUUGUUGAUGGCAAGAGUUUUGUUCUUGGCAAACCAAUAUGCUUUGAAGCCAAAGCCCCCAACAGUGAGGCUGGUAAACGGCUGUACCUGAACCGUUGUUUUGUCACUUCCUCUCCCAGCCCUCUGUCAAAGGAGAAAUAUGCUGUGGUUGAGAACUAUGGAUGCCUGGUGGACAGUAAGAACAGCGUUCUGACGAAGUUCCAUACCAGUGCUAAUAAGAAGACUGUGAGGCUUUGUGUUGAAGCUUUUCUGUUUAAAAAUAUGGUUUCUCUGCCACAUUCCAAAAAGACCAUGUUUAUGCAUUGUGAGCUGGACUUUGGACCACAGACUCCUACACCAAGUGCCAAGGCGUGCACUUAUAACGGAAAAACCAAGAAUUGGACUGAGUUAUAUGGAGAUUCCACAGUCUGCAACUGUUGUGAAUCAACUUGUUCUGCUCCUCCAGUUGCGUCUGGCAAGACAAUUAUCACCAGUGACUCUUGGAAUUUGAAGAUGGGCCCAGAAGCCUUAUCACCUCCUUCACCAGAAGAGUCUGUGCCUGAAUUUUUAGGCCAUGGUGACUUUGAGUUGUUCUGGGAAUCUGAUGAUGAUUAGGAAGAUGUUAAGGCCUUUUGUAAAAGGGCCCAACUAUGUAGUUAUGCCUUGUGAAGUUAAUAAACUGAUUUCACAAA